GCGCUCUGCCUCGCCAUGUCCGUGAUGCUCUUCGUCGAGAAGGCCUACAUGGCCGCCGUCAUCCUCGCCAUGCGCCUGUUCCGCCGCUGCCGCCCCGAGCGCCAGUACCGCUGGGAGCCCAUGCGCGAAGACGAAGGCGACGACCUCGAGCUCGGCGGCAAUGGCGACUACCCCGUGGUGCUCGUCCAGAUCCCCAUGUACAACGAGCGCGAGGUGUACCAGCUGUCGAUCGGGGCGGCGUGCGGGCUGUCGUGGCCGUCGGAUCGGAUCAUCGUGCAGGUGCUCGACGACUCGACGGACCCCGCCAUCAAGGAGCUGGUGCAGGUGGAGUGCCAGCGGUGGGCUCGGAAGGGCGUGAACAUCAAGUACGAGAUCCGGGAGAACCGGCGGGGCUACAAGGCCGGCGCCCUCAAGGAAGGCAUGAAGCACAGCUACGUCAGGGACUGCGACCUCGUCGCCAUCUUCGACGCCGACUUCCAACCCGACGCCGACUUCCUCCGCCGCGCCGUCCCCUUCCUCGUCCACAACCCCGACGUCGCGCUCGUCCAGGCCCGAUGGAAAUUCGUGAACGCGGAUGAAUGCUUGAUGACAAGGAUGCAGGAGAUGUCUCUGGACUACCACUUCACGGUGGAGCAAGUAGUAGGCUCCUCCAUCUAUGCCUUCUUCGGCUUCAAUGGUACCGCUGGCGUGUGGCGAAUUGCUGCUGUGAAUGAGGCAGGUGGCUGGAAGGACCGAACCACGGUUGAGGACAUGGAUCUGGCAGUCCGAGCAAGCCUCAAGGGGUGGAAGUUUGUAUUCCUGGGUGAUCUCAUGGUCAAAAGUGAGCUCCCGAGCACAUUCAAAGCGUUCCGGUACCAGCAGCAUAGAUGGUCGUGCGGGCCCGCAAAUCUGUUCAGGAAAAUGUUGAUGGACAUUGUCAGGAAUAAGAAAGUGACGCUGUGGAGGAAGAUCCAUGUCAUCUACAACUUCUUCUUGGUGCGCAAGAUUAUCGGGCACGUUGUGACCUUUGUGUUCUGCUGCCUUGUUAUCCCGGCCACAGUCUUAGUUCCCGAGGUUGAGAUACCAAAGUGGGGUUACAUCUAUAUUCCCAGCAUCAUCACCCUUCUCAAUGCUGUUGGGACUCCAAGGUCUGUUCACUUACUUGUCUUCUGGACUCUGUUUGAAAAUGUCAUGUCAUUGCAUAGAACAAAGGCCACCUUCAUUGGUCUAUUGGAGAUAGGUAGAGUGAACGAAUGGGUGGUGACAGAAAAGCUUGGCGACGCUCUGAAGAUGAAAACGCCAAGCAAAGUUCCCAAGAAGCUACGGAUGAGGAUAGGAGAAAGGUUGCAUCUCCUGGAGCUUGGUGUUGCAGCUUACCUCUUCUUUUGCGGAUGCUAUGACAUUUCAUUCGGGAACAACCAUUACUUCAUCUUUCUGUUUAUGCAAUCCAUCACUUUCUUCGUUGUCGGUGUGGGAUAUGUCGGGACAUUUGUCCCGCACUGAUAACAUAAGCAUGAUGAGGGUAUCCGUCUUCAAUUUACAACUGUCUUCAACCCUUUCGUCUCAUGGUUAUAAACCACAUGAAAGAUAACAUCAGGCAGCCUUCUGUUGGGUGUAAUGUUGUCAGAAAAAUCCAGUGUAAAAGCACUGCAAGACAAGAAAUCGAUAUGUAGGUGGUUUUAGCUGCUAGGAGUGUGGUGAAGCACCGAAGCUCAUGAGAUCGGUGAUGAUCAAGCAGGCUGUCUAGAGUCUCUGCAUCACCGUAACAAGUAGAUAAAAAAUUCCUCAAGUUUCAUCCAUUCUUAGCAGGAAGAUUCGUUGUGACAAGAAAAUAAAAUGACUGGUACCUGCACAUCUUCAGUUAUUUCUUUUACCAUUUCUUUCUCCUGUGUCAAUGUAAAGUGCAAUAAUAAACAUAGGAAAUCGGGCAGAUUUCAUCUCA